AUGUUAAAAAAAAAAAGAGGCCAUGCAACCAAUAAUCUCUCCUAAAUUUUUCUUUCUUUCUUUCUUUUACUUUUACCUCUUUUUCAAUUAUCAAUAUGGUAUCCAGUUUGAGUUAUGGUUUGAUGUUAAUGGGUAUGAUGACCAUGAUGGUCAAUGCCAAUAUGUCUCCUUCUAAUCCCGAACCAGGCACUGUGUGGACAGUAGGGAAAGAAUAUGAAAUCACUUGGGAGGAAGAUAAUACAGAACCCCCUAUGAAUGCUACAUGGAAGACCUUUCGUAUCGAUUUGAUGACUGGUGAAGAUAAUGAUCAAGUGUUAUUAACAACUAUUGCUGAAAAUGUUAAGGGAAAUGCUAUGACUUACAAGUAUACUGCACCUGAUGUUACUCCUCAUGCUCCCAUUUACUUUUUGAUGUUCACCAAUGAAAGUGGUGAAAAUGCAUGGUCUAGUCGAUUUGCCAUUGUAGGUCAAGAUGGUAAACAAGAAGUACCAGAAAAAUCUGUUCAACCCAAUGGUGAAAAGAUCCCAUGGGGUGUCGGUAAGUUGGUGGCCGGUAAUGUGGCAGGUGCUGCAGUAAGCUCUGCUGCUGAUACAUCGUCUGCUGCCGCCACUGCUUCUGCCAAACCUACUUCCAUGUCAUCUGGACCUCGAUCUGAUUCGCCUGCUUCUGCUGUUCCUUCAUCCAAUGCUGCUCAUAAGGCUAAUAUCAAUUCCCAAAAGAACAGAAAAUCCAAUGACGCUUCUCAAACAAUGUUUGCAUCAUCCAUUGGUGCUAUACUGUCCAUUGCUAUCAUCUUGUCUUUCUUUUAAAAUACAC